AUGGCAGGCUCUUUGCCACGUCGCCCGUUCAAAGCUGAACAACCAGCUGCGACUGCGGACGGCCAGAGCCGUACAAUAAAGGGCAGCGCAAGCCCAAACUUUCCUAUUCAGUUGAUGGCAGACGGAGAUGGCCAUCGCUCAGCACGUGAGAGGUUCAAUGUGAAUGCCCAGACGGGAGGGGCCUCGCUGUCUAUCCCCAUUGAAACAUCACCUGGCCGCAGUGGGUUUGGACCAUACUUAAACUUGGUGUACAACUCCGGAUCGGCUGCAACUAACGGGAUUUUCGGGCUUGGAUGGCAGCUGGACGGCGUUGAGAGCAUCUCGCGCCAGACGUCCCGAUCAAUCCCUUUCUACGAGGACAACAAAGAUUGUUUCGUCCACUCGCGUGUCGGCGAACUCGUGCCUGUUUUAAAUGGAGAGGGCAUUUUCGAAGAGGCUUUCCGGGGUAACCAUCUGGUCCAGCUGUAUCGACCGCGGGUGGAGGCCGACCCGAUGCGGAUCGAACGGUGGGUCGAAUCGGACCGCCCCGACCGUGUGCACUGGAGGACGAUCACGUCCGAAAAUGUCACGGUCAUCUAUGGAAGGACGGAACAGUCACGAAUAUCACAAGGCGCGGAAGAUGAUCCAUCGGCGAUGGAACGCUGCUUCUCCUGGAUGGCGUGCGAGAUGUACGACAGUUAUGGAAACCAUAUGAUAUAUGAAUACAAGGCCGAAGAUGCCUCGGGGGUGCAGCCCGAGCAGGAUGUGUGGGAAGCGCAUCGCACCAACCUUGUUCGCUUUAGGCAGCGAUAUCUCAGGUCGAUCAAGUACGGGAACAUGGUCCCAAACCGCGACCUGGCCACCUGGAAGGUGUUGGACGCUCCACCCCCCGGUCAAAAGUGGAUGUUCCAGGUCAUCUUGGACUACGGUGAAUAUGACAAAGCCUGUCCCACCCCAGGAGACCCUGGCACGUGGUCGGUUCGACCGGAUCCAUUUUCGACUGGUGUCUGUGGCUUUGAGCUUCGCACUUACCGCCUUUGCCAGCGCGUACUGAUGUUUCACCAUUUCCCGGACGAGUUGGGGCGCGCGGACUGCCUGGUAGCCUCCACCGAUUUCACAUACCGAACUGAGCCAAGAUCAGAAACAACCUUCCUGCGGUCAUGUACAAUUUCAGGUUACAGUCCCGUCGGUGACAAGCUAUACUCAAGCUUGUCAUUACCACCGACUGAAUUCGAAUACAGCGAACCCCCAGAUCUUCAGGAACUGAAGGCGGAGAGUUUUGGGCUCAGCUUGUCUGGACUCACUUCACAAAGGGCGCAGUGGGUAGAUCUCAACGGUGAUGGCGUGGCGGGCGUGCUGGUGGAGAUCCCAGGCAGCGGCUGGUAUUAUCACCGCAACCAGAGUGAUGACGAGAAAACAGAAGUCAGCGGCCCGAUACUCGUGCCCACCGUUCCCAGCAGCGCGGAUUUGAGAGGAUGGAGUUUUGAGGACCUGGAUGGUGAUGGCCUUCUUGACUUAACAUCCGUCUCGCCGGACGGCAGCAUCCGAGGAUGUUAUGAACGUCUGGACAACGGGGAAUGGAAAAGUUUCGUCCCAUUCAGAUCAUACCCAGUAAUGCGCCCCUUCCAGUUAAGCGGGGCUGUCUACAAAAUCGACCUAACAGGCAACGGACGCACCGACAUGUUGCGCAUGACUCCGGGUGAGGACGGCGAGCUAUCCUGGUAUAAGUCGUUGGGCCCGGAAGGGUAUGGAGAAGAGCAGCGCACGAUCGGAGCGCCCAGAUUCCCAGCUGAGGAGACGGGGUCGAUCUUCUUGCGUGACAUGAAUGGUGACGGACUAACGGACAUUGUUUGGGUCCGCAACGGCAAUAUCACCUUCUGGCCAAACCUAGGCCAUGGAAGAUUUGGCCCGAAAGUCAUUAUGGGUAAUGCACCCUUUCUGCCGGAUGGAGGGAGUUUCUCUCCACACCGCUUUCGGAUGGCAGAUGUAACCGGAUCUGGGGGCACCGAUCUUAUAUACAUGCUGCCCGAGGGUGGUGCUCUGGUAUUCUACAGUCGCUGGGGAAACUGCUGGACUGAUGGGCACUUAUUGCCGUCCUUCCCUCCAUUGGACAGUUCCUGUGCUGUAGAUGUGUUUGACAUCAGAGGGAAUGGCACACAGUGUCUAUGCUGGUCAUCAGAUCUCCGUAGCGCUACCGCCGGCGCAACAGCAGUCCGCUUUAUGGACCUCAUGGGCGGACGCAAACCGGGUUUACUAACGAAGAGUUCCAAUGGAAUCGGCGGGGAGACGGCGGUCACAUACCGGUCGUCGACGCGCUACCGUCUCGACGACGAGCGGGCUGGCAGACCUUGGGCCACGCGUCUCCCAUUCACCAUCGACUGCGUAAAAAGCACCACCUCGGUAGAUCUCAUCGCACAGACCUCGUAUACAAGGUGCUACGCUUACCAUGACGGAUACUACGACCCAAUCGAGCGCCAGUUCCGCGGCUUUGAAAUGGUUGAAUUGCGAGACUCCGAAUACUGGAUAACUGACGGUGGACGAAAACUCCAGCGACCGCCAGUGCUGACGAAGCAGUGGUUCUUUGUCGGCCUGGAACGGCUAGAUGAGGCGAUCGACCUUCCCGGUAGCCUAGAAGUCGAUCGGCCCAGUGAGCGUCCGUUAUCCAGCGCGAGGAUACCGGCAAACCUGACUGCGGAAGAGACACGACAGGCUUACAGAGCUCUCGUUGGCUAUUCCCGUCGACAGGAAAUUUACUGCGAGGAUGGAUCCAGCGACUUCCCCUACACGAUCUCGCAGCAAACGUACGACGUGGUGGUGCACCAGAGGAUGACUGCCGGACUGCAGCACGCAAUCUUCCGUGUCAACAGCCGGGAGAAAAUUGAAGCACAGUACGAAAGGAACCCAAAUGAUGCAAGGAUACAACACACGCUCGCAUUGGAAACAGAUGACUACGGGAACAUUAUGAAGGCGGCUACCAUUAACUAUGGGAGGUUGGAUAGCGCACUACCUCGACCUGAAGACCAGCAGAAACAAAUGGAGACGGUCGUUAUCUAUGCCGAAACCAGCUAUACAAAUCCAAUUCUUGAUCAGCGGGAUUAUUUCCAGGCCCCGCUCGUCUCUGGAGCCACCCAGUAUCGCGUGUAUCCUGGCACACACCUGGAAGGAGCUAUAAUCGAUGGGCGGUAUGACUGGGAGAGUCUGGCAGCCGACCAAUGCAAGCUGCUACAGCAAGCAGUCGAUAUUCCGGUGCAUGAAAAUGCCAAAGACCGGAUACAAAACAUACCUCACGAGGGGUAUAAGGCGCUCCUGUUGCAAACCGUCACCCUAUACUACCAGGAAGACCUCAAAGCCCCCUUGCCUCAAGGCUGGCUGGAUCCAUUCUCUCCCCGAUACCAAAGCUACCAGCUUAUGGCCACCACCGAAUUGCUCGAGAACACGCUGAAAGAUGAUAGCGGGCUUCUUCUUGAACCAGACGCUCUGGAGCGAGAGUUACAACAUGGAGGUUACAUCCAACUAGAUAAUAGAACUAGCGAGUGGUGGACACCCUCACGCCGGAAUCAUUUCCAGGACAAUAAGGGCAGUGAUGCGCUGCAAGUGGCACGGUCGCAGUUCUAUAUUCCAAACAUUGAGAUCGAUCAAUUUCGGAAUACUUCAAUUAAAGCGCUCGAUAAGUACAACCUGCUCCUUGAACAGUCUCAAAAUGCCGUGGGAGAUAUAACCUCCUUUGUCAACCACUAUGCCCGAUUACAACCAACACAAAUUACCGAUGAAAAUGACAAUAGAACACAGUCCGCGCUCGAUCCAUUAGGGCGUCCAGUCGGGGUCGCUGUCAUGGGGAAAAUUGGGGAGAAUGUAGGAGAUAGCCUUGAUGGAUUUGAGAUACCAGUAAAGCAGGAAGAUCUAGACAAACUCAUCAACAAUCCAUCGCCACAGGUGGCUGCAGAGCUUCUUAAGAAUUCAGGGAAAAGGACUGUAUACGUCCUGGACCGAUACACAACAAGCCAGGAGCCGACUUUUUACAUAGAGAUCGUGCGUGAUACACACUACCGGGAUGGACCAACGAAGAUCUCCAUACGGAUCACGUACAUCAAUGGUAAUGGUGGCACAAUCCAGACUGUAACCCUUUCCGACAGAAAGUGGCAGUUCAGCGGCUGCUUGUUACGCGACCGCAAAGCCCAAACGGUAAAGGAAUCUUUGCCUUUCUUCAGCCCCACCCACCACUUCCGUCUCCUAACUGGCAAGCAUGAUGCGCCAGCAACGACCUUCCUGCGAGACCCUCUUGAUAAGGACGUGGCAGUACUGAACGCUGAUCACACCUGGAGUAAGAAUCGAUUCACGCCGUGGGCCAAAACCAUGUUUGAUGCCGGUAACACAGUGCUUCUAGAUGAUCCUGCGACAGAUCCAGAUGUGGGGAGCUCCUUCCAAAAGCUCGAGCGCAGCUCAUACUACCCUACGUGGUAUAGCCAAAGAAUGAAGCCUGGGACCCCUGAGGAUAUGAAAAAAGCCGCCCUCAAAUCAGAGGUCUACAACAAUACCCCAACUGUCGUCCACGUGGAUCCACUUGGACGGGAGAUUCUCCACCAACGUGUUAAAGGGCAGCUCGAUCCACAGAGUAUUUAUGAGGAUCGAAAGGAGUAUGACGAGCGCGGUAACAUUUUAGUUCUGACCGACGCGCUUGAUCGCAUUGCAACCAGAGCCCAAUACGAUCUGCUGGGGAGACCGUUGCAUGAGAUCAGCAUGGACAAAGGAGAAACUUGGAUAUUCCCCGACUGUGCGGGCGCCCCCAUAUUCUCAUGGUCCGGAGGUGGCCCCCCUAAGCAUAUCCAAUAUGAUGCGCUCAGGAGGUCCAAGAUAACAGAAGUGAAAUUAGAUGGAAGUCCGGCGUUCUGGGCUCAAACGAUCAUGAACGUAUAUGGUGAGGAAUGUGGACCGGACGCUGCCAAGUUCAACCUAAAAGGAAAACUGUACCAAUGCAGGGACCAAUCUGGGAUGCAAACAAACCAUAACUUUGACUUUAAAGGCAACUGCCUAGAGUCAUCUGUUCUAUAUGCCGAGGGCUACAAAGAAGUUUUGGACUGGUCCAGGGGCGAUGUUCCAAUAAAGCCUACCAGACACCAGACCCAAUCUUCAUUUGAUGCCGUCAGUCACACAAUAUCUACUAAGUCUACGGGUUGCGAUGGGGUUAUAUACAAAUACGAUGUCGCUGGCCGUCUGAAAAGUCUCCGAUUAACCUCCGCAAAGGAUGACUUGAUAACACCGUUAGUUGACGACAUUGAGUAUUCAGCGGAUGACCAAGUGACAUUGGUCUAUUACCACAAUAAGUCGGAAAUAGUUCACAAUUACAAUGACCAGACUCGCCGACUCACCACCACUAUGAUUAAGAAUAGCAAAUCUCUGCAAGAUAUUUCGUACACGUAUGACUGCCUGGGGAAAUUGGUCAUAAAGACGGAUGACGCUGAGCAGACCAUCUACUUUCAGAACACUGUCGUACGUCCUACACAAGAGUUCUCGUAUGACGCCUUCGGGCAACUCCUGGAUGCAACUGGUCGCGAGCAGGUCAACACUCCCAGUAAUGCACCAAACCGCUUGGUACCCGUUUGUCCCGGGCAUAGACGACAAAGCGCAGUGCCCGGCGAUGGGAGGCAGAUGAUCGAAUACUGUGAGCGGUAUAAAUACGAUUUGGCAGGGAACAUCUUACAAAUGGAACACAAGCCCCUGUACAACAGCGCGUAUGCGGGGUGGACGAGGGCAUAUCAAUACCAGGAACCCAGCUGGGUGGACCCAAACACGUCAAAUAAUCGACUAACUAGAACUAAGAUUGGUGUCAAAACGGAAGAGUAUAAGUACGAGGGAGAGGCAGGACGCGGUGGGUGCAUGACCUCCAUUCCGGGGUAUUCAAACUUGAGUUGGGAUCACAACAGCCGGCUACACUCGUUCUCUGCACAAAAAGUCGGGCGAAGCGGUACUCCCGAGACAACGUGGUACGUUUACAACUCGCGAGGAGAUCGAGUACGCAAGGUUACGGAGAGGGCAACAGGACCUAACGGUCCGUCGACAACAACGAAACUAAAAGAGACGCUGUAUCUUCCAUUAUGCGAUAUAUCCACUACCUAUAGCGGGGACGGAGUCUCGAUGUCCCGGAAGAUAACCACCAUGAAAUCUGGUGCUUUGAGUGGCUCCCAUACACCAAUGGUCAUUGUGGAAACCACGGUCAAGAGCAACCCCUCAUCCGAGCAGUGCCUGGUGCGGUAUCAGAUGAGUGAGAACCUGGAGUUGGACGAUCAAGCCAACGUGGUAUCCUAUGAGGAAUAUUCCCCAUAUGGAGUCAGCACAUAUCAAGCUCGGAAGACAGGUGCCCCCCGCAAGUAUCGAUUUGCAGGCUACGAGCGGGACGGCGAAAGUGGACUAUAUCACUGUGGCGAGCGGUAUUAUGCAUGCUGGAUAGGGAGGUGGACAUCUCCCGACCCGUUGGAUAAAGUGGAAGGCCUCAACCUUUAUACUUAUGUUGCAAAUAACCCUGUCAACUUCCAAGACCAUGGAGGGACCGUUAGAGAUAAGGAUCCAAAACCGAGUGGCUCAAGAGCGACUUCAACCUGGAGAACCUAUAACAAACAUGACAAUCACGGGUGGGAUUUUGAAGUACAAAUUGGUAGCGAGGGAAGAGAGAUUAGUCUACGUUCGGCCGAUCCAAUCCGAUCAGGGCUACACCUGAUUAGCAGCGCUUUAAAUGACGAGACCGGGCACUUCACAGCUGGAUACGUAACUCUGGGCGGUGCCCCUGAGAAACAGUUGCUACACGGGUUUGCGGGUGAGAGUAGCGCUGAGAUUCUGCUACCUCUCAAUGAUCCUAAGCUUUCAACGGAGAAGUUCGGUGGCAAGGAAGGGAAAUAUAAAUAUGAGUUCCGCAUUGAUUGGGACGACAGGAAGGAAGUCAGACAUGUCAAUCUUGAGAUUAAGGCCGGGAAACGAAGUCAGAAUUAUGCAUUGUUCUACCAGUCGAAGCCCGACAAAGCAGAAUCCAUUGUGGCUGAACAGCUGUCCAGCUCUGUGGAUGUGGGGUCGAAAAAGCUGAAAAAGCGGUUUGAUAGUUGGCUCUUAUCGGGGGAGAGCAGUGCAGAGCCAAUUUCUACAUGGUACCAGAAAUAUAUCAAGUCGCCGCUCGAUUCUGGCGAACUUUCAAAAAAUUCGGAAAAAUGGUUCCACACGCAAGAAGUGAUUGAUUUGACAAGUUUCUGUAGGUCAGCUGGGGAAUUUGAAGAAUCAAGGUUAUCAGAGAUGAUUGGUGCCCGACUCUGGAUCUGGGCUCAGCACCGCCUAAACCCCGAGCGAAUAAUGGAAGAGUUGGCUUCAUUCCGUCCAUUUCUUUUCUAG